AUGCUGCAUGACCGGUUCCAGCCAGGACUACUUCAGAGCAUCGGCCUUCCGGGUGCCAACAGGCUGUACCCGGGUUCUACGACGUGUGAGACGGCUCCCCCCGCCCUCCCACCAGCUCCCGAAGGCCCCGUCGCCGCCCAGAGCCCCGCGGAUGUUGCUGCUCGACCCGGCAGGGCAGCAGAAAUGCUGCCCGACUUGGUUGAGAAUGGGUCAGCGCUUUUAGCCGCAACGGCCCGCGCCUUGGGUGCCUCCCAUGGCCCCAGCGACCCCGAAGACAGCGACAGCAACGACGGGAUGGCGUCUGACGACACCGACGCCUCUUCGUUGGACAACGACGCUGCCACCGCCCGCCCAAGUGAUGACGACCGGCUCGGCCAGGUAGCUACGGAGCUGCCUGCCCGAGCUGGAUACACUGCAGUGGCCACGGCCGCUCCCGUGGGCACGCACGCUACCACCAGCGAGGCCGUGCCUACAGCAGCAAUUGUUUAUGAUGUUGUUUCUGUCCCACUUACCGGCGACGACCGGCUCGGCUGGCAGGCAUCCCCGCUGCCUAACCGAGCCGGGUGUGACGCUCCGAUGCCUUGCGGUGAUGAGCAGUCUGUUACGGCCUGCCUAGAGCACGACGACGAUGAGAACAAGCGCAGCGAGGAUGUCUGUAGCCAGGGCUCCUCCCAAGAUGUACCCAUGCCUGCCGCCGGGCAGCAGGGCCCUGUGCUCUCAGUGUACGCCCACAACGCUCCCACGUUCAAGUGUAUCUUGUGUGCGUACACUGCCUGCGACCUCGCGGCGCUUGCACGACACCGACGCACAGCGCAUCGUGGCACCUGCUUCGUGGACCACUUCCACAGUGGGUGCACGUGCGGCAGUGGGCACCGGUCACGUGCAGCGGCAACGAAACAUACCCUCACGUGUCUAGCCAGCCCCUCGUACACCGCUGCCGCUGCACGUGACUCGGGCAAACCUGCCUCGACUUCCCCGCUGUUGCAGGCUCGUUCUGUUUGGCGUGCCUUGCGCCCAGAGGAGGACCCAAAACCAUACGGGCCCCUCAGCGCGGCAACGUCUGCGGCCACAGCAGUUGCAUCAAGCCGCACUGUGCCCGCAGCCUUUGCCCACCCACAGAGCGCCGUGCCUGCCGCUAUGACUGCCGCCGGGCAUCAGCAUGUCCCCCCAUGUGGUGUCCAUCUCUGUCUCAGCGUGACGUCCGGGUCGCUGGCAAGCGCCGCCGUCUUGAUGACUUGGCCGCGGUGUUUCCCGACCUGGACGACCUGA